GAGAGGGAGAAUGAAUUCGUGCUUGCGAGGGGGAGUGCGUCUUCCCGCAUUCCCCGUGUUUACCUGGCGAACGACUGCGUGGAAUCACUGGUUUCUCUCGCUGGGGCUGCGACACUCCGCUGCUUUCAAGCUGUGGUUCUCUUGUGGAGCACUGUUUGGGAUUCUGGCUGUGCUCUCCUCCGUCUUGGUCCUCGUCUGGCAGAUGCUUUUGUCCCUUUGCAGAAUCUUUGCUUCUGCGGGCAGCUCCCAACUAAAUUCCUCCAUCGUGACACCGAUCGUACCUGGUUUGAAUGUGCCAUGGAGUGAUGUUUUCUACGUAAUGCUUGGUACGAGUUUGGCGGCGGGGUUUCACGAGGUUGGCCAUGCACUUGGCGCUGGAAGCGAAGGUGUUCCAGUGCACCACGUUGCAGUCUUCGCCUUUGGAGCAUUUGUUGCUCUGAGUGAGGAUGCUCUGGAGCUGCUAUCCCCUUGGAGACUUCUCCGGAUUUACUGUGCUGGUGUGUGGCAUAACGCCGUGUUGUGCGUAGGAUGCUGGAUUCUCCUCAAGCUUCUCCCGGUGCUGUUAGUUCCGCUCUUCAUUCACGGAGUCGGCCCUGUGGUUACUGGAGUUGAUCCUGGCUCUGCUUUGAGAGCACAUUUGAGAGCCGGAGAUGCUUUCAAAGCGGUAAAUGGAGUGCCGGUUUACACUUCAAGCGACUGGCUGCAAGAGCUACAAUCGAGUAAGGAUCUCCCUGGCUACUGCAUUCCCCAUCAUAUCUCUGGUUCCAGUUGCAAGCCAGGAAUGUUAGAGCUCCGCUCAAGAUCCAAUUGCUUCAACGCCAGCGAGAUUGUUGCUUAUAGGCGCUGUGAAUCGUCCAGUUCGUGCUCACAGAUUGAAGAAUGCACAGAGCCUAAACUUGCGGCUGGAGAAGCUCUAGUCCGGAUCUCAUUCGCUUCGCGUGAGAACUCAACUUGCGGACUAAUGCCUCCGGAAGAAUUUCUAAUCGAGGGCUGUGAGAAGACAGUCGUUUUUGCCGGUGUUCCCCAAGAACUUGAGGCAUUCGUGUUCGUCACCGACUAUCGGCCACGCUACCAGCUCCUGUCCUCGCUAUCAUGGCUUCCAAGUGUUGUCCAAAAGCUUGUAGCUUACACUUUCAACAUCUCAGCAGCUCUUGCGAUUCUAAACAGCGCUCCAGUGAGUAAUCUAUCGUUCUGGCAGCCCACUUUAAAACGUUUCACUUUUAAAACAGGUGUUCUACCUCGACGGCGAGGAGAUCCUGCGCUCUGUGCUUCGACUGCGAGGACGCCACCGACGUCAAGAACAAUUUUUAAGGGCUUGCCUGGUGGGAGGAACGGCGGUGUUUGCGUUUGGAAUUUUUUCAGCAUUACUCGCGCUAUAAUCAGCUCCAAAAUUCGAGCAAAUGUUCUACGUGGUACGGCUAGACCAGUUCGGAAGUAAAACAAAAAAUUCUGGAAAGUGAGUAACGGUUUGUGUUAA